AUGGCGCUGGCCAGCCUGCCGCACAGCUUCUCCCGCAUCCGCGGCGCCGCCCGGGCGAACGUCGAGGCGCUGUCGCUGGCGCACCUGCUGGAGGCCACCACCCCGGAGCUGCACAACAGGAUCUGGCUGGCGGAGUGGCUGCGGCAGCAGCUGCCCAUCCGCUUCGCGCGGCGGAUCGAGGAGCUCGAGGGCUGGGCGCACGAGGGCGGCAGGAUCCCUGGGGGGCUCGCGGAUCUGGUGCGCUUGCCCCACGUGGUCGUGAGCAUCCCGCAGGUCAAGGCCGUGCUCGGGGCGUACCUGCAGACUUUCGAGGCCAUGGCCUCCCAUGCAGGGCGGCAAGACCGCAGGCUCGGUGAGGUUCGUCCUCCCUCCUUCCGCCCCUCGUGUGCCUCAUACCCCUCCCCCUCUGCCCUGCGGAGGGGGGUCCCGAGGCCAUGGGAGGGGAGGGGAUGGACGAACAUGACGACCUCUGCGGGCCGGGCGGCCCUGACCCAUCCGCCUGUUCGGACAGAGGAGGACGAGGCGCAGUUUCAGCAGGUCAUCCAGGCCGAGCUGCAGAAGCACCACAGCGGGACCAGGCUGGUGGCCGAGGGCUACAGGGAGGCCAGGCGACUAUAUCCGUCCAUCCGGCUCGACGGGUUCCUGGAUACCCAUUUUACCUCACGAAUAGCCACGAGGAUCCUCAUGGACAAUUACGUGGAGAUGCGGAGCCCUAGGGACGGUUUCGUCGGCGUCGUGCGCAAAGGCAUGCGCAUCAUGGACGUAGUGUGCGAGCUGGCCAGCGAGCUGGUCGACCUGGCCACUGCCGUCUACGGUGUGGCUCCGGAGGUCAGGUACCGCGGGGACCAGGACGUGGUUCUGGACUACAUCCCGCGGCACGUGAAGUACAUGGUGCGGGAGCUGCUCAAGAACGCCUUCCGGGCGACCGUGGAGCGGCAUCUCGAGAGGGGCGUCCAGGCGGGCGUGCCGCCGGUGGUGGUCGAGCUGCAGCAGGCGGACGGCCACGUGAUCAUCAAGAUCUCGGACCGGGGCGGCGGCCUCUCGAAGCGGGUGCAGCGCGAGGCUUGGCAGUACGGCUGGACCACCGUGCGGCCCAGGAGUGGGCUGCGCGAGGCGUCCAUGUUCGCGGAGGAGUCCUGCAGCUGGGACCGCACCGACGAGGCCGGCGUCCCGCCGGGCGCCCCCGCCGGCCCGCUGGCCCCCGCCGAGCUGGCCGGGUACGGCUUCGGCCUGCCGCUCACCCGCAUGCACGCGCAGUAUUUCGGCGCCCUGCCGGGGCACGGCGCCGACCUCUACCUCAUGCUGACCCACCUGGGCGUGGAGGGCCCCGGGUCUCAGGUCGACGACCUCGCCACGGACCUCUACACCGAGAUCUGGGGGGAGCCCCAGAGGCACAGGAGUCAUAACCUCGGCGACGAGAGUCAUAAGCUUUUCACGAAUGGGCGCCACGCCUGGCGGCGGCCGCCCGCCAUGGCCGCGGCGGCGCUGCCGGGUGCCGCCCCCGCGGCGCUUGCGGCCGCCCCGUGGGGGUCGCUGCUGGCCGGCUUGGGCCCGGCGGCGCCGGCGAGGCACGGGCUCGUCGUGACUCUGCCGGAAGCCGGGGACGUGGGCGCCGGCGCGCCCUGCCGGGCGGAGCUCCUCGAGCGCCAGCCGAUGCUGGCGGACCGCUUCUGCCUCCUGCUCGUGGGCCAGCGCGGCUCGGCGGCCCCGCGCCUCAAGUGGCUGGUCUCCGACAUCCCAGGCCUGCAGGACGGCGACGAGCCCGCCUGCGAGCCGUGCUGCUACGGCCUCGCGGGGAACUGGGCCGCCGUGGGGCGCGGCGAGGCCGCGGUGCCCUACGAGGCCGCGGCCGCGGGCGAGGCGCUGCUGCUGCUGCUCUUCGCGCAGCGCGGCGCCCCGGAGGCCGCGGCGCCGCCCGGCCUGCCGCGGGCGGGCGCCCCGCGGGAGCCCUUCCGCGUGGCCGACUUCGCGGGCCGCGAGGGCGUCGGCGGCCUCCUCGCCGCGGAGGCGCUCGCCGUCUGCGGCGGGGGCCCGCGCGGCCUCGCCGAGGAGGGGCCCCGGAGGCCCCUGGCGCACAGCCGGGGCGCGCCGCUGGAGGCCGACCCCUCGGGGCCUGCGACGCUGACCGCCGCGCUGCGCCGCACCGCCGGCGCGCUCCCGGACCGGGGGCUCACGAUCUACGACUCGUCGGGGAGGCCAUCGCGGCUCUGCUACAGCGAGCUGCUGGAGCAGGCGGAGCGCCUCGCUGCCGGGCUGUCGCGCCGGGCGGUGGGCCGGGAGCCCUCGGCGCUGCUGCAGCUGCCUGGGCUCGCCGCCCACUUUGCGGCCUUCUGGGGCUGCCUCCCAUGGCACGGUGCCCGUGGCGGUCGCCAUCCCGCCGAGCUACAGCGACACCGCGCACGCAGUCUGCGGCAAGAUUCGCAACGUGUGGCGGCUGCUGGGGGGCCCGCCGGUCCUCACGUCCGCCGCGCACGCGGCGAAGGUCGAGCAGCUGCGGGCCGCGGAGGGGAUGUCGCCGAUGGAGGUGGUGGCCGUGGAGCAGCUGGUCGAGCCUGGCGAUGCCGCGCGUCCCGCGCCCGCGGCGGUGCUGCCGUCUGACGUCGCGUUCUACCACUGAGCAGCGGGUCCACCGGGGUGCCGAAGUGCAUCCAGGUCGCGCACCGCGGCGUGGUGGCCCACGUGCGCGGCGAGGCCAGGUGCUGCGGCGUCACGCCCGAGGACGUGCAGCUCAACUUCCUGCCGCUGGACCACGUGGUGCCUAUCUCGGAGGAGGGCCAGUUGAGACAACGGC